AUGGCAACCGAACAGCCCCACCCUCCGGUGCAACACUGCAUUGUUUCUUUUCCUACGCCUCAGAUUCUCCUCAUCACGCUGAAUAGACCAAAGCAGCUCAACUGUAUCGAUACGCAAACAAGCAAGCAGAUUCAACAGCUAUGGAAGUGGUUUGACGAGCAACCAUCACUGCUCGUUGGCAUCAUAACCGGCUCAGGACGAGCCUUCUGCACGGGAGCCGACCUAAACGAAUGGAACAGGCUGAACGAAUCCGGGCAGGUCUCGCCGAUGGACGCUCCUGGGCUCGCCGGGCUACCGCGGCGAAGAGGGAAAAAACCGGUCAUCGCAGCCGUCAAUGGGAUCUGCAUGGGCGGUGGCUUCGAGAUGAUCGUCAACUGCGACCUAGUCAUCGCAGCCCGGAGCGCAGUUUUCGCCCUGCCCGAGGUCAAGCGCGGUAUAGCGGCGGUGGCAGGAUCCCUGCCAAGGCUGGCCAGGAUCAUUGGGAGACAGCGGGCUAUGGAACUGGCGCUGACGGGCCGCACUGUGACAGCCGGGCAGCUCGAGGCGUGGGGCCUCAUUAACCGUGUCGUCGAGACCGAGCCUGUGGCUGCGGCCGUGGAGCUGGCCAAGGAGAUCUGCGGGAAUAGUCCGGAUGGUGUCAUCGUCAGCAAGGAGGGCAUCGAACUCGGGUGGGAGAAGGCUAGUGUCGAAGACGGCAGCUCGGUGCUCAUUGAGGGAUGGUACGGCAGGCUCAUGGCCGGGCGGAAUUUUAAGGAAGGAAUCAGGGCGUUUGCAGAGAAGAGGGCGCCACAAUGGGUGCCGGCCAAGCUGUAG